CCCCAGUCAGCUGAUGGUGGAGGAGAGAACAGCCAGGGCUGGGGGGGGGGAUGCCCCCGAGUGGGGCCCUCCCCUCCAACCCAGCCCCACUUGCUCUGCGCGCAGGAAAACGAAAGUGAAAGCAGGGGGCAGCUGCUACGCAGGUAGAGAACAAACAGCUCCCCGGUGCCCCCCAAUAUCCUCUCCCCGGGGGGAGCCGGGGCUCACACACCCACCCCCCAACCGCCGCCCCGCGGACUCGCUCACCGCUGGACCACGUCUCUCUCUCUCUCGCCGUCUCUCGGGCCCUGCUGCGACGGAGGAGGAGGAGCCACCGGGAAAGGGCGGAACCGGCUGCUCCCGCCCCUCAGCCCCGGCCGGAAUUGGUUUCGCGGAGCACCUCCCCUCGAAGAGGAUGCUGGGACUUGUAGUCCUGCCAGAGGGGACCCUCCCACCCCUGAGAGAGAGGAUGGGACACCAAAGUGUGCAUCUCCCAAGCCCAGGAUCUCGCCCACCCUGCACUCCUGCAACAACACAUCAUGGAGGCAUUCCUUGCCCUGGGAUACGGCUUUGGAGUGGGAUAUGGCAAGGAGACUGUGUGGGUCCUUCAUGUUAGGAGGAAAGAGUGACAAGAUGAGAAUCCUCUUAACCAUUUAACUGGGCACUGGAAAGGGUGGUACACACCCUGUUGCUCAGGCAGAUGGCUCCACCCGCUGGCUAGUUGGUGGAUUGGCAGACAGCUGUCAGAUAAAAUGGACAAUAAACCUGAUGGAGAGAGGACGUGGGGCCGAAUGUCCCGGAUUUUGGUAGGCGGAGACUCAUCCAGGAGAGCCAAUAGAGAGAGCACGUUCUGUUCCCAUGAGGCAACAGGGCAGCGCACGUUGCGUCGCGGCGGCCAAUGGGAGUGGAGGACGCUGGGGUACAUGGCAAGAUCAGUCAAAAUGCAGACUCCAGUGGCUCUCCUUGCUUCUCCAGCUCUGUUCCGCUGCUGUUCCAGGGCUCUGGCAAGGCCGGUUUCCAUAUCUGUACUGAGCAGGCCUGAGACUCUUACUGUACAGCCCUCUGGUGUUUCCCAUCUACAGCUGGCUCACCGGGAAUUCCAAACGAGCACUACCUCUAGGGAUAUUGAUACUGCUGCUAAGUUCAUUGGUGCAGGUGCUGCCACAGUUGGGGUGGCUGGUUCAGGAGCAGGUAUUGGAACCGUGUUUGGCAGCUUGAUCAUCGGCUAUGCCAGGAAUCCCUCUCUCAAGCAGCAGCUCUUCUCCUACGCCAUCCUGGGCUUUGCCCUGUCCGAGGCCAUGGGACUCUUCUGUUUGAUGGUGGCGUUCCUCAUCCUGUUUGCUAUGUGAUCGCCUCUGGGCCGACCCAUAGCUUCCAUCAUUCUGUGUCCUCUCCGGGUUGAGUCUGCCUCCUUCACCAGAGCGUUCCAGAUUUAUAAUUAAACAAGCUUUUCUCCUAAUAAA